AGAACGAAUUUUCUGACCAGGUAACGAGAGUGCUGUUGGUUACUAAAAUUACAGUACAAUUCGAUAGGGGGCUGUGUUCCGUGUAAUCUAAAUUCUCCCCUGAAGUUGGUCUUAUAAGUUGGUGUGAUCCAAUCGCGACGAGUGGCUUUCCUUUGAAUCAUGUCGACACCUGCUCGAAGAAGGCUUAUGCGAGAUUUCAAGAAGUUGCAAGAAGACCCACCAGCUGGCAUCAGUGCCGCUCCUACUGACAAUAACAUCAUGAUAUGGAACGCUGUGAUCUUCGGGUAUGACCUGAUUUUUCUGUUCUGUAAUAAAAACAAUCCAGGAUUUUUCUCUCUCCUGACCAGCCCUCACGAUACGCCAUUCGAGGAUGGUACGUUCAAGUUGACGAUGGAAUUCACCGAAGAAUACCCAAACAAGCCUCCGAAUGUGCGUUUUGUGUCAAAGAUGUUCCAUCCCAACGUCUAUGCGGAUGGUGGAAUCUGUCUUGAUAUCCUACAAAAUCGCUGGAGCCCAACGUAUGAUGUUUCUGCGAUACUCACGUCUAUUCAGUCGCUGUUGGACGAGCCUAACCCGAAUUCACCUGCGAAUUCACUUGCGGCGCAACUUUACCAGGAAAACCGCCGAGAGUACGAAAAACGAGUGGCUGCGAUCGUGGAACAGUCGUGGUUGAACUUCGCCGACGAGGACAAUGAAGGCGAAGAGAAAAAAUUUGAAACAUCUGCCGCACCUGUGGAAGAUAGAUCAUCUUAGCCCUGUUGACAUGCUUUUCCUGUAAAAGGGAAUACUAAAAUCAACUUUAGCUAUUAGCGAAUUAUGCGCACCGUCUCAUGGCCGUUCGUUCUUUUCUUCCCCGAUUUCUAGGAGGGCUGCAUGAAAGUUCUAGAGAAAUUUUUUUGGUGAUACGUGAGCGAAUUAUCAUCAACUAAACCACUCGAGUCGUGAUAUUUCUUUCGCUUACAAGUCGUCAGAAAGCGCGCAGUAAUUGUAACAGCAGAUUCUGAUUUGAUUUCUUUAACGCUAGAUGUGCAACAGGAUCCUUUGUGGAACCGAGUCCUCGAAUGUUUGAACGGCGUGUGUGAUUUCCUCGAGAAGCGGUUUUAUGCAGCUUAAUGAAUCGCUCGUUGCUUCUGAUUUCCCUUCUGCUAGUCAGGAGUAAUCGAGGCCCUUGUGCGUAUGUUUUCUAUCUCGAUGUACAAUUCCGCUGAAUUUUGUUUUUUGUUUUCGGCGAAGGAUUUUGUGUGGGGUGCGACGCACAGUAGCUUUGAGUGGUUUCCAUGUCGCCUUCUCCUAUUAAUUUGCGUUGAUGCGGGAGAUUUUGGAUGGCUGGACAGACUUCAAGCCCCUUGAGUAAAUAAACGGAUAAUCUGUCUAUAUUGAAGAAUUCCGAAGAUGGUUAUGCCAAACGAGACGUUGACUCAAUUUUCCGAUGUCCUGCGGUAGAGUCCACGUUGUGUUUUUCGAAUGAUUGGAUGGGAUUAAUUUCUCGAUUGGCGUGUACCAA